CUGGGGUGGCCUUGCGGUCGCUGGGUGGAUGGGUGGGUGGGUUGUCGGUCCACUGAAUGGUGUGUUGGGGCCUUCGAUGAGGGGAUUUCCGCCCUUCAGCGUAGUUAAUAGAUGGGAACUUCGCGCUCGUGUGUUCGUAAGUACAUAUGGAACAUAUGACCUUGCGGGUGGUGUAUAGCGAUGUACGAAAAAGGCAUCGGCUGUUUUUGCGAUUCCGCCAGCAGCAGCGGCAUGUUCGGGUGUCCGACAGCGGGCACCACCGUGUUGGAGCCAGCUCCGCCGCUCAGUCGCAAGUACACGUUGACGCAUAAUGACAUCACCGGCAAUUUACGGCUCACGAUAGGACCGGAAUACAACAUGAAGCAGAUCUCUGGCUUUUACACCCGUCUCCUGCGCGAUGAGGUGGUUGCAGAAUGGGUGAACGUCGGUUCGUCGGGCUUUGCUCUCCACGUCUAUUGCCACGUUCUCGACACGCUUGUUUACGCGGAUCGGGAGCUGCUGGUCGCCCAGCCCGCACUGGCUCAGGCCCAGGUAUAUGUGCACUUCCAGUCCACUGUCAAGGAACUGGACACAGUGGAAUUCUGGGGUGUGCUGGGCGACCGGUCGACCUGGCCUAAGGGCCCCACAUCCAUCUUGCUGCGUAUGAUCUACGCGGUGGUUGGCUGGCCGCCGUCACUGUCCGCUCAGCCAGCAGACCUCUCCAUAGACCUGCCCUCAGAGCUGCGGGAUGUGGAGGCGGCGGUGCGGGAACAACAACAACAACAACAACAACAACAGCAACAGUUGUUACAACAGCAGGAAUCGGAGCUGGCAUUGGGGUGGGAGGGCCGGUGGCGGGGGUCGGAGCAGGGCCAGGGCCAGACGGAGGGCAGCCAGUGGGGGGCGCGACAACAGCAGCUGCGUCAGUCGGCGCCGGGGGAGAAAGAGGAUGAGGCGGAAUGGACGACGGAGCCGCCGCAGCAGCAGCAGCAGCAGCACGGCGCCGGUGCCCUCCUGACAGCCCCCGGCUCCGCUCCCGGCUCCCUGCGCGCGUUGUCCAAUACAGCUCUCGGGACUGGUAGUAGCGCCAGCAACAAGAGCAACGGCACGAAUGGUUUCGGAGCUGAUGGCUCCUUUGCCAGCAGCAGUAGCAUUAGCGGAAAGGAGUUUGCUGCACCAUCGGCUGUUGUGGCAGGCUUGGAUAGCUCUACGGGUAGCAGCAGUGGUGGUGGUGGUGAUGGUGGCGUCGUCGGCUCGAAGCCGGGGGCAGUCGCUUCCACUGCCACCGCUGCUGGGGCAGAAGCGGAUGCCUGUCUGGCGCCUGUCAGUGUCGUACAGUGCUCCGGAGCUAGCAACAGCGCUGCCACAGGGGAAGGUACGGAAGGUGUUGGAGCCGUUGGCGGCGGGGCCAACGGUAUUGGGCCAAGCAACGGUCACCACGGCAAUGGCAGCAGCGGUGGAGGCGAGAGGCGUAGGGGGACGGCAACGGGUUGUGUUGGCGGAGGCGGCGAGAGGCUGGGGAUGGAAGGCGCCUGUGCUGGGGCCCAUCGCGACCAGGACGGCGGUAGCGUGCAGGGGGCCGGUCUUGCAGACAGCGUGGGUACGAGUGCGGGCGCAGGCGGGUCGUGCAGUACGGCUGUCGGGGCGGCGGCAAGCUCAACUUCAUCAGCAGCCGCGGCAGUGGGGGGAGAGAGGGGCGGGGGAAGGCUGAUCCGCACGCCGAUCGUGGCCGCAGCGGCGAUCGAUGGCUCGACGGUGGUGACUGAUCCGGCUUCCACUGCCCGGUUGGCCUCGUGGGAGCCCGGGGACUGCGGGGAUGAAGGUGUUGCGCCGUGCACUGGGGAGACAUCGGGGUGUCGUUGCGGGAUGUCACCAGGCCCGAGUGCGGCAGCUGAAGGUAGAAACGAAAAGGAGGGGGAGGGGUUUGGUAAGCCACCGGGUGCGGGACCGCGGCCGGGUACAUCAGCGGUUAUGGACAGGUUUGAGGACUACCUCCUGCAGCAGCAGCAGCAGCAAAGGGGUAGUAGCAGUAGUAGCAGCGGCGGUGUGGAGCCGGUGCUUGCCGUACCGCCCGUCGUAACGUCUGCAGUGGCGCCAGUUGAGCGGGGACUGGAGCUGGCGGUUGCGCGGGUGACAGUUAUGCGGUCCUCGUCCUCGUGA